AUCAGCUGUGUCCAAUCACAGCUGAUCGCAUCAGUGCCACCUGUCAGUGCCUAUCAAUGCCAUCUGAGUGCUCAUCCGUGCCUCGUCAAUGUUACAUAUGAGUGCCCAUCUGAGCUGCCUUUCAGUGCCAGUCAGUGCCACCUAUCAAUUCUAGUCAGUGCCGCCUAUCAGUGCCACCUAACAGUGACAGUCAGUGCCGCCUAUCAGUGUCAUGUAUCAGUGCUGCCUUUCAGUGCCCAUCAGUGAUGCCUGUCAAUGCCCAUCAGUGCCACCUACCAGUGCCUCCUCAUCAGCGCCCAUCAGUGCCACCUAUCAGUCUCCAUCACUGAAGCCUCAUUAG